AUGUCUUUGUCAGCCAGUCCGGCUCCACCGGUACAGGGCCUUGGCCCACUGGUGGCUGGUGCCGGCCCUCCGUCCGGUGAUUCAUUACUGCUCACUCUGCGUAAUAAACCGAACGCACGUGUAUUUCGUGCAUUAUUCCAGUAUCUACCACUGCGUGACUCCCCGAACGAGAAUCCCCAGUUGGAGCUGGCCCUAGCGCCAGGUGAUGUGCUGCUCGUCAAAGGCGAGAUGGACUCGGACGGAUUCUAUCGAGCCGAAACACUCGACGGCAGGACCGGCCUGGUGCCGUCCAACUACGUCGAACGGGUACCGGACUCGGUGCUGCUCUGUAAUGCCCGAGCUCCAUCGCCGUCAUUUCCCCUUCAAGUCCCACAGCAUCAUUCCACAAUCACUCACGACUUCUCCGAACCCGAUCACAGCCAACUUCCCGAUUCGGUCUGUCCAUAUCCACCGGCUGACGUCUCCAAAGUUACGGUGCAGGAAAUCAAGCAGAACGACACUCCCAGAGUGCCAUGUCCCCGUGAGUUGGUCGUGGAGAAGAAGAUGUCGCGAUCGGUGGUGGUCGCCUGGUCGCCCCCAGAAGAAUCUUUCGUUGCUGUCUCACAGUAUCAUGUCUGCGUGGAUGGCCAGGUGCGAGCUGUCGUUCCUGGUUCGUACAAGUGCCGUGCACUUGUGGAAGACGUCGCUCUUGACGGCUCGGUAAACCUCUCCGUUCGGGCGCUGUCCGACCAAGGGCACAGUCCCGAUGCGGCCUGUACGAUCACGCUCGGAAACGAGGCCGCCGUUGCACCGCAGCAUCUUCGGGUGUGGGCCGUCACGCCGUUGUCGGCCUGCGUUCGAUGGUAUCCGUCGAACAGCAACGCGGACCACGUGGUCUCGUUGAACGCGGUCAAAGUGGGAGUCUGUCCGCCAACAGUUUUCCAGGUGCAAUUGCAAGGCCUGCAGCCGUCGACGAUCUACCGUGUCUCCGUUCGCACGAAACAUCCAAAAGCUGUGCUCGAGCAGCGUCCCGUCGAACGGUGUCUCGACUUCAAGACUCUGCCAAAAAUUGGCCUUCCCGAUCCACCGACGAACGUGCAAGCCGAGAACGGACCUCAGGCCGGAACGCUGCUCAUUUCGUGGACGCCAGUGAAGAAUCAACCAAAACCGCCCUCGCGAGCCGCCGUCCAUUCGUACCUCAUCUACGCUGACGGCAAGAACAUCGCCCAGGUGCCUUCUGCCACAGCUGACCACGUUCUGCUGCGACUAGCCGAUCUCUCGGACGACCCGCCCAUCUUCAUUACCGUCCGCACCCGAACGAGAGAGGGCGCCGUUUCCUGUGAUUCGAACGUGGCUCGCGUGCCUCGUGGACCGUCGUUUGGUGCCAUUUCUGACGGCCUACUACAAACAGCGCCUCUGCUCGACAUGGCUCAAUCGUUUCCGACUGGCCACUUUGUCGCACCUCUUUCUGGACCGCAGAAUGCACCGUACACUGCCCCGCCAAUGCUCACUUCAAUGCCCUUUCAAGCCAAUCCACUUUCUUCGUACACUGCCUCAGCAAUUCAGGGAUACAAUAGUUUAGUCGGUACCGAUCGAAUCGGGCCAGCAACUCUAGGCGCUCAAGCGAUGGCUGCCGGAGGCACGAUGCCAAGCGCCGCCGGUACUCUACCGUCCACCUCGAUGCCGAUGUCAGGGAUCGGCGCUGGUGCCACUCUUUCAGGUGCCAUGAAUGCCUCUGGUACGUUGCCGAUGUCGGCGGCCCUCGGCCCCACCUCGAUGGCAAGCGGUCUAUCUGCCGGAGCACAGGCAACGUUGCCUAAGUGGAAGACAUCUCAGAUGAAGCAGUACUACACGUUUCAUCCUCGGCUGAUUCGAGGCGACGGUACGAGCGUCGACGAACCUCGGCCGUCCGUCCCCGACAUGGAGAACAGUUAUCUGUUACGACAUCGACACUCCGAUUGGGGAGGCCAUUCCGAAUGGGCAGGUCCGAUGGACGCUCGAAUGCGAAUCGAAGCCUACGCUCGGCAGGGCACUCGAACCGGCAGCGCUGAAGAUCGACCUCCUGCAAGACAU